AUGUCUUUCGAAGAACCGCUACAUGUCGUAAUGCGACUUCCCUACAAACGGCCACCUGGUUUCAUUGAUCCACCAAGCGUCAUAUGGACGGAAGAUAUGGAACAAAAGCUUUGGGAAAUUCUCACACAAAAUAAACGAGCAAGUAUCGAUUGGAACCAAGCUUCUCGUGUGUUGAACGUCCCCGUACCUUACCUACUUCGCCAUGCCGCAUUCCUGUAUGAGAUGCAGUUGCGCGGUGUUCGAGCACAUUUACGACGAGACGAAGUGCUGAGCGCAAGCAAUAGUAGUAAUCUACCUGCGGGCACUACUCGCACUCGAGCUUCGAGUCAGGCUUCAUCGACAAAGGUGCAGAUGUUCGACGUUGAUGCUAGCAGCACAGGACAUCAAAGAUCGCCUUCGUCAAUGUCAAGCGCAAGCAGGGAACAUUACGUUACUAGUCGAACCGGGCCAACCGACAUGGUUCGCACAACGAGUAACAAGAGUCUAACGGAGACUAGGCGUUCACACAGUGGAUCAGUUUCCUCUUCUAUCAGUGUGCCUAUUGGGCAAGCCAUUAUGGAAAAUACAAGCGCUUAUCAAGCAACCAAAUACUCCCAACUAUCUACACACCAAUUACCUAUAACAACCCACUCACCAUAUUCUCGUCGUUUACCCUCCGAUUGUUCUCCCAUUCUUGCCUCUGUUACUACUGCUUCCGAACAACCGACAAUACGUCCAACGAGUCAACAGAAACCGGAAUACUUUGUAUCAUCAACAUCAACAGCGCAAUUGUCUUCAACCCAUCAUCCUCCGCUAUCCUCUGAACUCGUGCCCACAUCGACAGACUCGAUCUUACCUGAAUCCAUGACUACCGCUAGCCCUGUGUUAUAUGACCAUGAUGAACUAUCGACGAGCAUGAGACUACGUGAGGCGAUGGAAGAAAACGUUGAGAGUGGGGUGUUUACAAGUGUUGAAGAAGAGAACAAGGAAGUGUAUCAGGCAAAGGCUUCAGUGUCGUUGAGUGAAAAAUUGAAAAACUUACAGUUAUAUGAUGUUGCUGCAUUUUUGCCGUUUGGACAAGGAAGUGAGAAAGUGGCAGACGAAGUAAAAUCAUCGUUGACAGAAAGGAUUUUUCCUACUAUAUUGAGAACACCUGUAAUUGAUGUUAACAAACAAGAGUCAAAUGUGGAGACGACAGAAUUGAGUACGACUUGUGAUGUGAAUGAUGAUUCACUUGCGAGUGGAUCUGCCGUUUCGCCUACUGCCAAGGCUGAUACAUCUACCGGCGGAUCUUCGCAGUCUUUAAGUGGGCCAAAUUCCACACGGUCUUCGUUUACAGAUAUUGAAGAGUCUGUUACGAAUUCAGAGUUGUUGGAUGCUUUUAUGUCUGGCGUAAAUAAUUCAAGAUUAUCUAUAUUUUCGCGUAGAAGUUCAUUCUUUCCUGGAUCAUAG